AUGAGAAAUUAUUGUCUUAAAAUAGGUUAUGAGCCAAGUGAAUUUGAUAAAUUAAAUAUUAUUCAUGUUACUGGCACCAAAGGUAAAGGUUCUACUUGUGCAUUUGUAGAAUCAAUCUUGAGAAAUUUCAAUACAUCAUCAAGAAGGAUUCGUACAGGGCUUUAUAGUUCACCACAUCUUAUAGCUGUAAGAGAACGUAUUCGUCUAGACGGAAAGAUAUUAAGCGAAGGACAAUUUACUAAAUAUUUUUUCGAAGUUUAUGAUAAACUUUUAGCACCUUCAACAAAUAUUUCUUACAUUAAUGGCAUUUCAUGUUUUCAUGAGAGAAAAGUAACGUCUUUAGGACUUGAUCAUCAAAUAACUUUAGGAGAUACAAUUGAUAAAAUUGCAUGGCAUAAAGGUGGAAUUUUCAAGAGUAAUGUUCCAGCUUUAACGGUUGAACAGCCAGAGGCAGCUUUAAAUAUUUUGAAAAAACGAGCACAAGAUAUUAAUGCACCAUUUGUAAGAAUAAAUUCAUUCAAUGAAGAAAUAUUAGGUGAUAUUAAACUGGGUACGAAAUAG